AUGGUGGCAUCUACUGUCUGCAAAAUCCCCCUCCUGUUUCUGCUUCUGUACUUCUUUGUGUGCUCCCUUGACAUUUUAAGUUCUGCCUUCCAACUUGCUGGAGGCAGGGUAGCAGGGGACAUCUUCCAGGAGAACGCUAUCCUGUCUAACCCAGUGGCAGGGCUGGUGGUGGGGAUACUGGUGACAGUCUUAGUUCAGAGCUCCUCCACCUCUACCUCCAUUAUAGUCAGCCUUGUUUCUUCUGGUUUGCUGGAUGUGCGGUCAGCCAUUCCUAUUAUCAUGGGCUCCAACAUUGGAACAUCCGUCACCAAUACCAUUGUUGCUCUAAUGCAGGCUGGGGAGAGAGAGGAGUUUGAGAGGGCAUUUGCUGGAGCUACAGUCCACGACUGCUUUAACUGGUUGUCUGUCUUGGUGCUUCUCCCUCUGGAGGCUGCGAGUGGGCUGUUGAUGCGAAUGUCACAGGCUGUAGUCGACACACUACAACUUAGUAGUGGAGAUGAAGCUCCUGAACUUCUUAAAGUCAUCACUGAACCACUGACUAAAAUGAUAAUCCAGCUGGAUCGGUCAGUCAUUACAGCCAUCGCUACAGGAGACCAAAGCGUGAGGAACAAGACUCUGGUGAAGCAGUGGUGUCAGACCACAACCUUGAAGGUACUGUUACAUUUUGUUUCUUAUUUGCACUGUACAUCAGUAUCGUUAAGUUUUUGUCGUUAUCGUUAAGAAAUCAUAUCUCUGUCUCUCUGCUCAGGUAGGCAUCUCUUUGUGGACUGCUCUUUGUCAGACUUAGCCAUAGGUUUGGUCCUCCUGGCCUGUUCCCUGUUGGUCCUGUGUAGCUGCCUGAUACUGCUGGUUAAACUGCUCAACUCUCUGCUGAAGGGCCAGGUGGCCAGUGCUAUUAACAAUGUUGUUAACACAGACUUUCCCUACCCUUUCACCUGGCUGGCAGGUUAUCUGGCUGUAUUGGUGGGAGCAGGCAUGACCUUUUUGGUUCAGAGUAGUUCUGUCUUCACAUCUGCCAUCACUCCACUCAUAGGGAUCGGGGUGAUCAGUAUUGAAAGAGCCUACCCUUUAACCCUUGGAUCCAACCUCGGAACCACAACUACAGCUACACUGGCAGCCCUAGCUAGUCCAGGAGAUAAGCUAGCUGCUGCCACACAGGUUGCUUUGUGUCAUUUUUUCUUUAACUUCCUUGGUAUCCUGCUGUGGUAUCCUAUACCAGCCACCCGCUUACCCAUACGUAUGGCCUGUGCUCUUGGCAACUGUACUGCCAGGUACCGCUGGUUUGCUGUCUUGUACCUCCUCCUCUGUUUUCUGCUACUCCCGUCCCUCGUGUUCGCUCUCUCCAUGGCUGGCUGGAAGGUGAUGACUGGGAUUGGUGUACCAGUCAUUAUGGUGAUUAUAUCUGUUGUAAUAGUCAACAUCCUCCAGGUGCAAAGACCUGAUUCUUUGCCACUGAGACUGCAGAACUGGGACUUUCUUCCUGGCUGGAUGACCUCAUUGCAGCCCCUGGAUGAUGUCAUCACUCGGGGGACCCUUUGGAGCAGGCUGGUGUUUCAAGAGAAGUGA